AUGGCAUACUCUAAUAUGCGAAGCGAAAAUCAUACCACUAGACCAUAUACCCAAUUGAUGGUUGUCGAGGGCGUGCAAAGGCAUUGCUACAGAGACCAGGAGGUCUGA